AUGCUCUCGCUGAAAGCCAUGGCUUGCUUGGCCUUGGGCGCCAGCCCGGCGCUUGCGAUCCGAGCUGCCGCACCCCCUUCCCUAACCCGUGAGGAGGACUGCUGGGAAUCUGUGGCUGCACCGGACAACUUGGGCACCCUGUCUGCCAUCAUGACGAAAAGCUUGGGGCGGCAGUGUCGAAGUGAGGUGCAAGGACUCUUGGUGGACCUUUACACGGAAUGCACGAAGAUCGAAGGGUCUUCCCAAGAAGGAUGCCUCAAAGAACUCUUUUGGUGGUUCUUUGGGUAUACUGCGACCGGAUAUCGGGACGGCCUGGCCUCGAAACUAGCAGCCGCACCCCAUGAAGCGAUGCUUUGGGCCGGGUUUUACGAAGGCGAGCCCCGUGGUUUGACCCAGAAGGCCUUGCAGAGGUUUUCGAACAUGGUGGACACGAGCAUCGUCCACCCCAGCAGCAUUCUGGGCAAAGUGGUUCAGAAGAACAAUGACCUCCUUGGCUGCAGAGGCGAUAUAGGGGCUUUGAGGCCGUGCUGUUGCGUGCGAGGAGGCACGAGACUGAUAGAUAAAGGCCCGAUUGCGGGCUUUUGGAGCGGCGCAAGCCGUUUCUUCGUGCAUGGCAUGGCUUCGAAAAAUCAGUCCUCGGUGGUGGCCGUCCUGAACAAGGGCCUGGAUCUAGACACAGAGUGGUCGCUCCAAAAGUCCGUCUUUUGGAACUACGAGCUGCUGCAACUGGAGUUCGAAAUAGGACAGAACUCCGACUUUCGUCCGCAACUUCUUCUGGUCGACCUGCGGGGCACCUGCGAGGACAUGACAAGGUUGGUGAUGAGGAGACUAACUGGUGACCUCGAGGCAGUUAAGACCUGGUUGCUCAGGAAGCCGAUAAUUUGCCUUGAUUGCCUCGAGGGCCACUGUGACCUGGACGAGGCCCUGGCAAAGAGAGUCCGAUCGUGUUUGGGCAAAGACCCGCCCAGUUGCCCUAGGUUCGAGUUCUGCGAAGUCUGA